UCACACUGAACAAAUAAAAAGAGCCUUCACCAAGAGACGAAAACGAAUAUCAUGUCAAGAGAAAGGAAUUUUAAACUGUUUGGGCGGAGGAGAGGGUGAUUCCUUGGAUAAAAACUUUAUGCGGUCGGUUUUGAUAUUCGAUUUUCCCUAAGGCAACGGACAGCCGCCGUCUUGACGGGAUGGGAAGUCCAAACCUCCAAAGGCAAUUUUUAUUGCUGGUGUUCAUAUUCACUUUUCAUGGUGCUUUUUGUCAAACGGAACCAGAUAACACAGCCAUCAUUGUAGGAUGUUCAAUCGGAGGAUUUGUCUUUCUUCUGCUUAUACUGCUGGCAGUGUAUUAUUUCUGCAAGCCUUCCAAACGGACGCCAGUGCAGUUAGCAAAGCGAAAGUCAUACGACAACCAAGCCUACACCCCGGCCUACAGUAACACACCACCACACAUUUUGAAGACGCCAAGCCUCAUUGGUAACGGACACUCAUCCAGCCUGUACGAUGGAAGGAGCAACCGCGAGUUGAUCAAGCCCAACCCGGCUCCCUUGGGCCAGCAGGGCUUGAAGAAAACCAGUACGGCAUUUGAUUACCAGCCUAGGAUCUGGAUGUCGGGCUCACAGAUGCUCGGUGUGGAAGGAAACCCUGGAGGUCUUCGUCGAUUGGAGAACUGGGACAGGACAACUUCAGACCCAAAUUUAUACAAAGUCCAUGACGUCGUUGAUCGACACGUAAUGAGUCAAAAAGAGAGAAGAGCCGUUUUCUCUGCCAAUUCGUCUUCAAACGUUCAGAGGUCACAGUCAUUUGGAGAGCCCCGUAGACGCCCAGCCGCUCCCACGCCUCAGCACAUGCCUGCUAUCCCAGCAGCAUCAGAGGUCGACACCGAACUCUACUCAUCCAUACAGUCUCCAACAAGAGUUCGAUCUACAGACAGCGCCGAUGGAAGGGAUCCGAAAAUGUCUAGUCUGAGGGUGGCGAGUGAAUUGGCCCUGGGUACAGAGUCACAGCAUGUUGGAGUACAGCACUUCGCGGUGUCGAGGCCGGACGGAGGACAAGAUUUGUACGCCAUACCCAUGAGGUCGCAGGUAUCUGUCGAUGGGGGCGAGAGCGAGGGCGAAGAGAGUGUUGGACAGAGGACACUGAGUGGUAGCCAGUAUGGAGCUCAUGGAAGAGAAAUCACCGGCUCUGCCUUUGAAUUCCUAGAAGACUAUGACGCAUCUAUGAUAUCAGAAAGUGAGCUGAAGGCCAGGUCAUAUCGUUCGUAUGUGUCGCGAACUAGCAACGCGUCAAUGUGAAUAUCAUGGACGAAGAGUGAAUCUAGAUAAUUGGCAACAUGACUAAAUCAAGCUUAUCGCCAUCCCGAAGCCCGAACAAUAACUUGCUAAGGUGGUAUAGGCGUUGGCCCUAGCGACUUUUCGGGCACUCGCCGAAUGAAAUAUAGUGUUACCUUUGUCAUCCGCAAGGGAGACAGACGAAUCAAUUUUAACUUUAUUAAUGCUCCAUGGCCACGACUUCGUGAUCAUGAUAAUUGUAAUUCUCACGAACAUUGUAAAUAAUUCGAAAUUUAUUUUAAAAUACAUUUGCUAUUGUGGUGAUACAUGGAAUGUAUAAAAUGUACGUACUGUAGACAUUGGUGUUAUAGAUGGCCGCUGCGGAGAUCAGAAAAGGCAUGGAAUUUUAUUACAUGAUCGGGCGGCAAUGGGACAGCCACCGGAUUAAUUGAUCUAGUCUCACUAGAGAGUAUAUGGUACACAAUAAGGCCCCAUUCAAGGAAGUGCUUCGACAAUGUCAUCCUGGUAUUACCAGUUGUUUUCAUCGAUAUUUCAAACGUUUGUAUAACAUAUACGAAGGAGUGAAAAAAAAGGAUUCUCAGGAUGGGACAUUGUAUAUAUACAUGUAAAGUAAACAUUUAGGCACUUUCUGAUUUUCGGCGGCCGCCACUUAUAUCCGUAUCACUACCAUUAUCUUUUAUUGUGUAUAUUUAUAUCAGUGUAACUCUUUCAUUCUAAUAAAUUCAAUUAAACGUCAUGCAUAUUUUA